ACAAAGAACUUAUAAAAGCAGCACAGUUACAAGAAGAUUGUUAGUGAUCAGAGAUUAUUUUAUUUAAGAUUUACUGUUGGCAAUAAUGUAUAUUUUAUGUUUAUACUGGGUGUCUUUGCCUUAUAUUAACUUUAAAAUCACCGAAAAUUGUCUAGGUAAUACAUCUGUAUUUAACAAGAGUUACAAAACUGCUAGUAUGAGGUAUAUUGUGUUUGUUUUGGUAGCCAGCUCUGCUAUUGUAUGUGCAUAUGGGUUGUUAGCUUCACCUUAUAAUCCACCAUAUUACUGGGAAAAAGCAAAACGCGCGAGGUAUGCAAUUCACUACAACAGCUGGGGAGUUAUUGGAACAAUAUCAACACAACCAAAAAUCUUAGGAUUUCCAUUCACAAAUAUUAUCUCAUAUAGUGAUGGACCAGAUAGUAAUAGCACUGGUACCCCAUACUUCUAUGUUAUGAAUGGGGAUCCAAGUGUUCAAGAUUUGGCAAAGAAUAAUUCCAUGUCAUUCUCUGUGUCGGAGAUGGAACCUGGAUAUUGCAUGAUCCAUAAAUACGACGCAGAGGACCCAAGGUGUGCUCGAAUCACAAUAAUCGGACACUUUGAAAAAGUCACUUCGCCGUCCGAGAACAAAUUUGCGAUUGCCACUUUAUUUAAAAAACAUCCAGAAAUGCAAACAUGGCCUGCUGGUCAUGACUUUUUCACAGCAAAAAUAAGAAUCAAUUUUGUUUGGAUUUUAGAUCACUUUGGUGGUAGUUCUUUUAUUAAAGCUGCAGAUUAUUACGCUGCUGAUCCAAGUAAAGCAGUGACAAACCCAAAUUUAAUGGUAAACUGAAAUAUAUUUACUUUUCUGUUUUAAAAUUUUCUGUAAUUGGAUAUUGCUUUUAAUAGUGUAUAUACACAUUUUUUAUUAGGGUAAACGACCUUUAUUGAAACAAACUUUAACACCAGAGUCAUACGCCUAAUAUAUAUUGUUAUAUAUAUAUGAUAUAACUUGAUUUUUAUUUUCAUUGUACAAUUUGCAACAUACCGAUAUCAGGGUAGUAAAUAAUCCUCCUUCAGCCCCCCAACCCAAUGGGAGGUACAGAUGCUGCCACAUUAUUUUAGUUUUUAAAGAAGGUAUUGCUAUUUUCUAACUUUCAAAGUUGCAAUGUCAGAUAAUUUGUUUUAUUGAUUUCUGUAUUUUAAUAAUAAUACUUUACCGUUGUUUGUAAAUACAAGUGUAUUUUAAAAAAUCAUAUGAUCGAGAUAUCAAAAAACAACUUUAAGUUUAAUGUUUUUAUUAAAAGCUGCUUAAUAAAAUUCUACUUUAUUAUUCAUUUUAUUAUCUAGGUUUUAACUGUGCGAAAUGAGAAUUCUGUAACAUAUUUUUGAACUACUACCCUUAUAUUCUAUGUUUGCUUUUAUUUUAUGACAGUCAACAUCUAACAUGUACAUGAAAAUAAAGCUGAAUGAAAUGAA